AUGAACUCAGCGUUUUUUGAUAAGGAAGAUUUGCAGUACUGCUUUGAAAAUAUGAAUGAAUCUUGCUAUAAAACACCAUUGUCUUCUGGACUCCGAGUAACCUUGUAUAUUGUGCUUGGUUUGCUGACGAUUCUCACUGUGGCUGGAAACCUACUGGUAAUCAUUUCAAUUGCUUAUUUCAAGCAGCUUCACUCUCCUACACAUUUUUUGAUCGCCUCCUUGGCAUGUGCUGACUUUGGUUUGGGUCUGACUGUGCUGCCCUUUAGCACUGUAAGAUCUGUUGAAACCUGUUGGUAUUUUGGGGAAACAUUCUGUAGAUUUAACAGUUGUUUAAAUGUAUCUUUCUGCCUAGCAUCAAUAUUUCACUUGUGUUUCAUCUCUGUUGAUCGAUAUGUUGCUGUCACUGACCCUUUAAUUUAUCCAGUUAAGUUCACAGUGCCUGUUUCAGGCGUGUUCAUAGCUGUUGCCUGGACAUUUUCGUUGGUAUACAGUGUUUAUGUUGUCUUCACUGGGGCUAAUGAAGAAGGGCUACAAGAAUUAGUAAAUGCCCUCUCCUGUGAAGGGGGGUGUCAGAUUAUCUUAAAUAAAAUGCAGGUGGUUGUAUCCUCGCUCCUUUAUUUCAUACCUUUCUUUACAGUGAUAGCACUUUACAGCAAGAUCCUUGCUGUGGCUAAACGACAAGCUAGAAUGAUAGAGAUGAUGAGCAACAACACCCAGUCAUCUGAUUUCAGUGACAGAGUUGGCAGAAGAGAGAGGAAAGCUGCUAAAACCCUGGGUAUACCUGUGAUUGCUUUCUUCGUAUUCUGGUCACCUUUUUUUAUAACUGUAAUAAUUAAUGCUUUCCUCAACUUCAUAACUCCACCCCUUGUCUUUGACAUUGUAGCUUGGUUUGCUUAUUCCAACUCUGCCAUUAAUCCUUUGAUUUACUCUCUCUUUUAUCCUUGGUUUCGAAAAGCAAUGAAAGUGAUUGUGAGCUGUAAAAUCCUACGCCUUGAUUGCUCAACAAUGAGUUUCUUUUCUGAAUGA